CACAUGUGACUCUGCUAGCCGAAUGGCUUCAGUCUGUCCAGGCCACCAUGAUCCUGUCCAUCAUCUUCAGUGUUCUCUCUCUGUUCCUGUUCUUCUGCCAGCUCUUUACCCUCACCAUGGGCGGCCGGUUUUACCUCACUGGAGUAUUCCAAAUCCUUGCUGGUCUGUGUGUGAUGAGUGCUGCGUCCAUCUACACAGUGAAGCACACAGACUGGCACUUCAACGCUGAGAAUUCCUAUGGCUACGCCUACAUCCUGGCCUGGGUGGCCUUCCCCUUAUCCCUUCUCAGCGGGGUUGUCUACGUGAUCUUACGGAAGCAUGAAUGAGGUGCAAGGGCAGUCCAUCUGUGGUUAUGAGCAUACAGGGGAGGGGAAAGGAGGAAGGAAACCAGAAACCCGAAACCAGAGAAAUGGAAAGAGAGCUAGCCAACAAUCCCAAACUCAAACCAAAUCAAACUGAAAGCAGUUGAGGGGGGUGGGAAGGGGCUUAGUUGUUGAUUAAAGAUGUAUAUAAUAUAUAUGGUUUAUAAAACCUAUUUAUAACACUUUUUACAUAUAUGUACAUAGUAUUGUUUGCUUUUUAUGUUGACCAUCAGCCUUGUGUUGAACCUUCAAGAAGUAGCUAAGGGACUUUUUACAUCCUAACUGUAUAAUCAAGUUCAGUAUUUUUCUUUGCUUUUCUUUUGGUUUUGUCCAGAGAUAUAGAUAACUCCAUCUCACCCCCUUCCCUUUUCUCCAAAAGAAGAUACCCCCCUCCUUCUCCACCUCAUUUAGAAAAAAAAAUGUGGGUAGAAGCUCCGAAUGGCCCAUUGCCUUUCUGAUGCGGGAGACCAGUGAAUGG